AUGAAAGUCCUGACAGUUGAAGACAAUGUGGCAAAUGUGGGGGGUGGGAAUGAACCCACCGUAGUCGAGGGUACACCUAUUCUGACUAAAGAAGAACUUAACAAAGGCUGUCCUCUUGGAGUAUCUCGAGUCACUUCAUCGCUCUAUGUCUGUGGAGCCCAUGCUUUACCUGGAGCAGUAAGGGCUCUACAUCCCGGUCUCAUUGUGAGUGCAGCGCCAGAGCUACCUCCACCACCAGAAGAUUAUGUACCAAGGCAGCUUGUACCACUACUAGACACACCAAACUCAGAUAUGCACCCAUAUAUGGAAAGUGUAGCCGACCUGAUCAAUGAGGUUGUCUCACAUGGUGAUGUGGUACUGGUUCACUGUGUAGCUGGUGUAUCCAGGUCUGUGACACUUUGUUUGGCGUAUCUCAUCAAAUGGCAAAAGAUGACCUUGAGGGAUGCUUAUCACCACAUGAAGCAACGACGGCCACAAAUCAGACCGAACACAGGUUUUUUUAAACAACUGAUCAAGUUUGAAGAGAGACUCUUCUGCGAACCUUCUGUCAAAAUGAUCUACUGCGAAGCUAUUGAUAAAGAAAUACCAGACGUAUACGAAGCUGAUUACAGCGGAAUGACUUGGUUCAGGCAACGAUACGGGCCUAUCGAGAAACGUUAA